CCCAUGAGGCAUCUGUCUUUCUCUGCACAGCGCUAAUUUGUGGGCUGCAAGAGCGGAGCUUGUGAUUGCUCAUCAUCGCAGCUCAACCAAGCAACAGGAAGGAAAGGAGGAUCCUCAAACACCACAGAGCUGCUUCAAAAAAUCUGAGCUCUGGGUAAGAGAGAGGACAGACAUGCACAGGUGCUGAUAGAGAGAGAGAAGGGAGCGAGAACAGAGAGAGAAAGAGAGAGACAGAGAGAGAGAGAGAGAGAGAGUGGAAGAAGAGGGGGGAGUGAGGGGAGGUGUAGGAGGAGACUUGACUUGCUUCAGAGGGGAAUAGGAGCCGGAGAGCAAUUCCAAAACAGCUGUCCGGCAGACGUCCCAGUCGACAGAAGUGUAGCCCUGAGGCAGAGACAGGAGGCAGGGCAGUGUCAACAAGCCACAGGAGCAGCACAGCAGCCACUGAACACACACAUACAGACCCACACACCAACCUGGGGUGGCAGCACUCAGGAGAACACCAGCGAUACCUGGGAAGGAUCAAGAUCUCCCCAUCGGAAUAUCUGAGGAAAGUACCUAUUUGACCUUUCUACACUGCCAGACAUCAUCAGCCCUGCUUGGAGUUCUGUUUCCUGAUCGAUGCCACAAUUGCUGAAAUUAUUUUUGGAGUCCUGUUCGACUGGCGUGUUACUGAGAAUGUAACUGAGCUUCGUCCCAGGGGAACUUUAACGUCCAGAACUUAUAGAGCAUUUCCGGCUUUUCUAUCCUGCAUAAUCUGAGCUCUCUUCCGCAGUGACAGCCAUGCCAGCGAAAGCACCCAUAUACCUGAAACCAACCAAUAAUAAGAAGGGGAAAAAAUGUCGCCUCAGGGAUAUUUUGUCCCCAGACAUGAUCAGUCCACCGCUCGGGGACUUUCGUCAUACAAUCCACAUUGGCAGGGGCGGGGAGAGAGAUGCCUUUGGAGACAUGUCUUUCCUCCAGGGGAAGUAUGAGCUCCUACCAGGGAAGGGAGAUGUUCACCCUCAGUAUGGCAUCCAAAGUGAGUUUCUGCGAGCAAACAGUACAGGGGAUGCUUCCUUUGUCGAGACUCCCUCUCCGGUACUCAAGAAUGCCAUCUCCCUACCAACUAUCGGUGGCUGCCAGGCCCUCACCCUUCCCCUGAUCUCCUCCACUGUGUUCUCCAUUCCCCCAGAGCCAUUGGAGGACCUCAUGGGGCCUACAGCUUCCAUAAAACCUGACAGCGCUGAGGAGGUAGAGAUCCUGCAGAUGGAUGCUCUGUUGCGCUCUCUGGAUGUCUUCAGGAGCGAGCCUUCAUCUACCUCCGCAGAUAUCCAGUCGAAGCCUGACGUCCUUUUGGAUCUGCUGGAAAACACAGAUAAGUCCACCUCUAAGGCAGUUUCCAAAGCUAACAAAAUAAACAAGAGUGAAAGCAGAUUUGACAAGCAAUCAUCAUAUUGUAUCAAUGGCCACAGCAACAGCAUCUACAAAGCUAAUGGAAGCCUGAACAGCGACACAAGCAGUGACAGCUUUGACAGCUUUAGCGGUAAAGGGAACUUCCAGAGCAAGAUCUGCAAUGGUAUUACGAGUCUCAAUGGCAAUGACAACUGCAGUGGUUAUGGACACUUUAACAAUGACAUUAUGCUGGGCUUCAAGCAGGAGCUCUCAAAGUGCAAUGGAGAGUGGGUGGAUAGGGACAGUGGGGUGGAGGAGGGCCGCAUCUGUGAUUUUGAGUUUGAGUUUUCCAAGGAGAAGAGCACAUCUCAGGAUUCCCUCACCCAGAUCGAACUUGAUCUGGGCCCAUCCAUCCUGGACGAUGUGCUCAACAUAAUGGAUAAACCCGCAGCAAAGAGCAGGCCUUGAGCUGCGCUGAGGCCCCAGGAGGAGAAAGGGAAUUUUUAAACUAUAGCCAUGAGAAAGAGAAAGACUCACAAAGCAAUCAAAAUGGUGUCUGGAUAUAUCAUUAAGAUGAAAAUGAGCUACAAUAGACAGAGCUGCUUAUGUUUUUAUUGUCAAAACAUAUAACUAUUUUAGCUUCUAUGGAGUGUUGAUUCUUCUUUUUUUGUUUGCCAUGCCAGCCGCAUGUUUAGGAUGCAUGUGAUAGUGAGUUACAGCUAAAACACAGCCAUCGUGCCUUUGAUUUAAAAUUACUGUAAAAAUAGUACAUGAUAGAUUUGUGUUAUGUUGACUUCCACAGUAUGAGGCCCUUUGCUUUUUUACACUCUCAGACUCUCUAUGAACAUAUAUAAUUUUGUGACUUUAAGUGUGUUUAACAAAGCACUAUUUUGUUUGUAACAUAAUUCAUUUGCCACAUGACUAUUUCAAGUAACAGAACACUAUGCAUAUUUGUGUUUUUAAAAUUGUAACACAAAUA